UAAUGAAUUCGGCGAAUAUGUUUCUCUGUUUAAGCUUGAAAUCAUAAACAUCGGAUAUGUACAGCAUGUUGAGGUUGAAUUUAGUCUUGGUUGCUUUAAUUAUUUAUGUUCCUUUCUGCCUGUUGGAGUCGGAACAAAAUGAUGAAGCAACAAUGUUUGGGAAUUUGAAGUAUGACUCCCUACCGGAGCGCGUGAAAGAGGUUUUGCGUGAGAGCAGAACCUCGACGGACGAAACAGCUCAUUGGUGCUGUAAGAUCAAUCCAACCAAAACGGUUGUAGAUUCCCGAACCGUGACAGUCACUGUAGUCGUCCCAGUAAAACACACCCAUCAUUCCAGCUGUGGAUUCCUGUGGCUCAGUCGAUGCGGCAGUUCAUCAUAUACCACUGGGUACAAAACAGCGUACAGAGCGAGUUACAAAAGUAGGCUGGUACCAACAACCUGCCCUGACCAGCAUCUGGUGUGCUGUAAAGACUACAUAAAAGUUGCUGACCAGUGUUUGCCUCAAAGUCGACUCCCAGACAUAAAAGACGACUUGCUGCAUUUGCACUCUGCAGGAAUAGUUGUUGGUUAAAGAAAAAAUAGAAAAUACUGUAACAAGAAAAUAUUAAGUAAAAAUUCGUGGGUUAAGAAAGGAUUUGAAUCAUUGUGACAAAGAAAUAAUAAAAAUAUAUUUUAAACUUGAA